AAGGAGGAGACUCAGGAGAGGCUGGUUACAAAAAUAAAAAUGGCGUCUGACAGGCAUUCUUAUAGCAAAGCUGAGGGCAAACCGAAAAUCCGAAUUCAAUUAAAUGAAGAAGAGAAAGCUGUCUUAGUGGAAUGUAGAAGGAACUCCCUUAUUAGAGGAGCAGCGGUGGGUUUGGGUAGUAUUUUAGGAUUAAGAUACCUCAUGUCGCAAGGCAAAGUUCCUGCACACGUGAUGCGGUGGCCUGUCUUCUAUUAUUCCGGUGUAUUUUUCCUAAUGGGCAUGCUUGGUGUAUCCUCCUACAGGAAGAGAUGUUUAGAUAAACUAAUGGCACUUGAGAACUCGAAUCUUGCCAACAUGAUGAGAGACAUCAAGGCAGGGAGGACACCGAAUUUUGAGAAUAGGACAGAUAAUUUUGAGAGAAAAGGGGCCUUAAAGGGGUAUCCUGAUACUAUAAUCGAUAAAGAUGAGAGCCAAGUCUCUUCAUUGUUGAAGAAAGAGGAUGAGAAUGCUUUCCCUGCUGUCAGCAGCAGCUCAAAGCAACCGCCUUUAAUGGGAGACUUCUAUAAUGAUAAGAAAAGUGAUGACAAGAAAGGUAAAACUUUUGAUGAGAUAAGAGAAGAGAACAGAGCAAAACAAAUGCAGAGAAGAUACCCUCAAAGAACCAGAGAAGACGAGGGACAGCAGACACGCCCACAAUCUACACGAAAAAGUGAAGUAGGAACCAAUGUAUCUAGACCAGUGAAGAGGAAUGAAUACGGUGACAUUGUUUAUGAUGAUAAAUGAUGAAAGGGACUCUGGACUACUUCGCUCUUUCAUUUCAAGAAUUAAGAACUCAAACAUUUUUGUAGGAAACUAGAAUAAGCAGAUACUUUAUUAUUAUUAUUGUUAUUAUUAUUAUUAUGUUAAAAGAGCAUAAUGUAUGUAGCUG